AUGGCUUGGUUCGGUCAGCAGCCCAUGGCAGCAGCAUGCGCCUGGUCCGGCCUAGGCUGCGGCGCCGCCGCACAGCCACAACCACCUCCGCCGUACUACUAUCCCCAGCCGGGCGCCGCGCCAGCACCGCAGCCCAUCUACAUCCAGCCGGCUGCAGCACCGGCGCCACCCGUCUACAUGGCCCCGCCACCGCCGCCUGCUGUUCUGCCACCCAUGCCCUUCCCGUCAUUUGUCCAGCCUCAGCCGCUGCCGCUGACCGUCGUCAUCUUCAUGGUCGUCUUUGGGCUCGCCAGCUUCGUCUUUGUCUUUGCGCAAUUCUACCCACUCCUCUGGCAUGUGAAUUCUAUCGUGCAGAGAUUUCCGCCGGUAGGAGUCGUCAUUGCAGGACCGCCACCUGCUGCUCCUGCCCCUGCUCCAAAACCUGCGGCAGGAGGAGGGGGUGGUGGUGGUGGUGGUGGCGACGAGGCAGCAAAGGCGCGUCAGAAGGAAGAGGCCGAGAAGAAGCAGCGCGAGGAAAAAGAGGCAAAGGCGGCUGCGCACCUGGCCAAGCAGGAAAAGGACAAGGCCGAGGCUGAGGCAAAAAAGAAGCAGAAGGAGGAAGAGGCGGCCAAGCGAAAGAAGGAGGAUGAAGAAGCGAAGAAGAAAAAGGAAGAGGCGGCCAAGAAGAAGGAGGAGGAGGAGGAGGCAAAGAAGAAAAAGGACGAGGAAGAAGCAAAGAAGAAGAAGGAGGCGGCGCCAGCAGCAGCCGGAGGUGGCAAAGCCGAAUCUAAAUGCCCGAUGGCGGCAUUCAGAAAGAAGAAGCAGGAGGAAGAAGAAGCAAAGAGGUUAAAGGACGAGCUUAGGGAGCUCUGUGGCGAAAUAUGCGGCAUGCCUCCCGGUCACCCUCCCCCACCUCACCAGCACCAUCAGCAACCAUGCCCUUGCCAUCCUGUACCCCCAGCUGUCCCGGCACCUCCAGCCCCAGCACCAGCCCCAGCACCAGCCCCGGUCGUCGAAAAGACUACCGAGGUCAAGGAGACAAAGACAGAAGAGACGGCGGCGAAAAAGGACGAGAAGACGGUGACGACAACCGAGACAAAAACAGUCGAGACAAAGGAGGGUGAAAAGACAACGGUCGUCGAGGACAAGAAGGAAAAGGUCGAGGUCGAAAAGAAGGGAAAAGAGGAAGCUAAAAAGAAGGAGGAGAAGCCGCCUGCUCCUGCUCCUGCGACGAUCGUGCUCAGGCCAAGCUGCAAGUACCACGCCGGCAAGAGAGUCUGGCUCAACCAGAGUGGCGGUCGAUGGUGGGGCAUUCUCAUCCUCGACCGUGGAGGGGGACAGUGGUAUGGCCACAAGGCCGUUUUCGCCGGCGUCAAGCGCGGUGGACGCCAUGAGAUUGCCACUGUGCCCUUUUGGGCUACUGAAGCAGAGCUGGAGCCCAGGACAGAGUUCUUUGGCUACGAUAGAGAGCCCAAAUUUGUGCAGAGGACCAUCAUCUGUGGUUGCUGAAUGUGUGGUCUCCUCAUUAAACGCUCAAUUACAUGCGCUCCCUCAAUCUAAUCUCUCUCGGACGCCGUCUCUGAGGCCGAGCUAGACUGUCUGCGCCGCUGUCCCUGCGGUACGUCUUCGCCUUCUCUACCUGAGCUUCUACUUCUGCUCCGCUUGCUGGCGGUGGACCGUGCGCCGGCCUCCUCUGCGCUUUUCGUCAGACCGUCGACCCAGGCCCGCUCGAGGUGCUCCUUGAGCCGAGGCAUGCUUGCGAACUCGCGUCGUGCGCCCGUGGAAGUGUAUGCAUACAGUGGCUCCCGCAGCAGCGCCUCGUAGUGUACUUUACUCUUUGGUAGCCGGCGCUGGCCGCUGCGGACGAGGGCCUCGACGUCGGUCAGGUCGAGCCAGAAGCCGUGAGGGCGGAGAAAGGAGAGGUAGUGCUUCUUGUGCUUCAGCCGGUCCGACACGAGGUCCUGGCUGAUUAUCUGUGU